AUGGAUGUACUUGUUGCACUUACCCCUUGGGGUCUCAAGCCUUAUUAUGAUGCAGUGUUUGAAGUUGAAGCAAAUGAAGCAAAUGAACAAAUAUGUGAUAAAGAAUCAGAAAUUAAACAUUAUAUAUCUAUAGGGGCAUUAGUAUUUUCAUUGGAAUUUGACUAUCUGCUUCUGGCUGA